GCGCCGGUCUCGAGAUCCCGCAGGGGUGGCGGUGGGGUCGGGAGCCCCAUGAGGUCGCUGACGCUGCUCCCCGCUUGUUCAGGUCUACAGGAAAAUGCUGUUUACAACAGUCGAAAUCCAGAUGGCUUUGAAUUGCUGCCAACAAUAAGUGGUGAAUUAUGAGUUGUAAAACCGCCCAGAAAGCUGCUGCUAUUGGAUUUUAUAGAACUGUAAUAAAUAAAAAGUAAUAAUUCGAGCUCCUGUUUAUUUGAUUAACAAAUUAAUUUUAUACCGCCCAACAGCCGAAGCUCUUUGGGUGUUUCAUUUGCCCUUCUAGUUGAAACCUGUUAUUAAAGAAGAAUGGAACGAAAGUAAUAUCUGAGUUGAACUGUUUGGUAAUACUAAGAGGGUGGUGUCUGUGCAUGGAAGUUGAUAAAGUGAAAUCUAGAGAAAUAGAAGUGAAAGUAUGUAGAAGCCCAGAUAGGCGUGGUGGUUAUGGGCACUUCACGUAAGGAAGACAGCACUUGCCAUAAUACAGAAACCAAAAAUUGUUACCACUGCAAGUAUAAGAGCUAAAACUGUCUAGACAAAUUCUGUCUCUAGCUAAAUAAUUUACUGGCAGUCCACAUUAGAGGAUGGGAGAUUUUUAAUGCUGGCUCAUAUCAAAAAUAUCAAUUGAAGCCAAGAUCACCAAAGACUGUCAUACUUUGGUCAUGUCAUGAGAGCUGACUCACUCAAAAGGUCAGUCAUGCUGGGCAUGAUCAGUGGACAAAGGAGAAGGGGCUGUCCCAGCACCACUGGCUGGACACCAUAAAGAAAGACACUAGGAUGGACAUGGCAGUCUUGAAGGAAGCAGUGAGGGACAGAGAGGCAUGCAGAGCAAUGGUACAAUGGUGGCCAAGGGUCAGACACAGCUGAAUGGUUGACAACAACAACUUUCACUUCUGAACACUCAUUUCUAUCUCAGCAUAUUCCUGUGAAGAAAACUAAUUGCUAUCCUGGCGUUUAAAAUGUCCCUGUCAGUUUGUUUUUGUGGGAUGGGGGGCACUACAUAUUUACCAGCUUUAGGUAUCAAAUUAUCUUCAGAAGCCACUCCAUAAGGCUUGAAAGUUAACCAUAGCUUGUACUGCAAGUCAGUGUGACAAAACUAGAAGUAGUACAUGGAUCUGGAGAAAGCUAAGCAUUUUUGAUGAAUAGAUUUGGGUAAGAGAGUUAAGUUUAACCCUCCCUUUGAAAUCAUUGAAAUGUUAAAAUGCUUGAUCAUGUUAUUUCAAUCAGUGGAUUUUGGUGAGCCAGCAACUAUUGAUAUAUAUGUAUUUGCAUUUCUCUUUAACAGUAUAGCUGAAAUACAAAAAGAUGUGGAAUAUCGAUUGCCGUUCACUGUAAACAACUUGACAAUUAAUAUUAACAUUUUCCUCAGGAAAAGCCAGUCAUCAGUGUUUUCCCUCCAAUAGGACAUCAUUUAAUGGACAAACAUGGAGUGUAUGUGACCUGCCCAUUAAUAAGCAAUUUCACGAUGCACUCAGACCUUGGAAAAAUUGUUCAAAGUAUACUGGAUGAAUUUUGGAAGACUCCUCCAAUUUUGGCUCCUAGCUCAACAGCAUAUCCAUACCUUUACAGCAAACCAGCUGGAAUUCCUUCCUAUGGACAGAACUUUACAUUUCUUUCUCCAUAUCUGCCACAAGAAACAAAUAGAUCGGUAGCAACUGUGCCACUUGCAGAAUCCCUUUCUUCAGGUUAUAUUACAGACCGUCCUGCUGCUCCUUCCUUUGGCAUGAUAACAGAACUGCCAUUACCUGUUCCAACAGCAGAAACACUGCCACAGGGGAGUCAAAAUGGAUUCAGUUACAAAAUGCCUGAAAUUCCUGAUGCAUUUUCAGAACUAUCAGAACUUAGCAUAUCACAGUUGACAGACAUGAAUGAACAAGAAGACAUACUGCUGGAACAGUUUGUUACUCUGCCCCAAUUGAAGCAAGUCGUUACUGAUAAGGAUGACUUAGUGAAAAGUAUCGAGGCACUAGCAAAAAAAAAUCUAUUACUUGAACCGACCUUGGAGACAAAAAGACAAGCAGUGUUCGAUAAAUAUGAACAGCUUACCCAGCUGAAGGCAGCAUUUGAAAAGAAGAUGCAAAGGCAGCAUGAACUUAGUGAGAGCUGUAGUGCAAGUGCUCUCCAGGCAAGAUUAAAAGUAGCUGCUCAUGAAGCUGAAGAAGAGUCUGACACCAUUGCAGAAGAUUUUCUGGAAGGGAAAACUGAAAUAGACGACUUCCUUAGUAGCUUCAUGGAGAAGAGAACAAUUUGCCAUUGUAGAAGAGCCAAAGAGGAAAAGCUUCAACAGGCAAUAGCAAUGCGCAGCCAGUUUCAUGCUCCAUUAUAGGUUUUUCCAGCUAACUAGAAUUUCUAAGGCGAGUGAAUGAAUUCAGCAAAGCACAUUUUAAUAGAUUUAUUAUUUUGCGAAUGAGCAUUUCGUCAUGGUUGUAUUUAUAGAAAAACUGUAUACAGAGCUCAGAUGAUUUUUUGGUACAAAUUGGAAUGUUUUUUCUAUUCUCAUUUUACCACCUCCCCCCAAAAAAUCAUCCUUCUAAUGCAAUUUUUGCACUAAUAUUUCCUGUCUUUAUUGAUAAACCUUAUAUUUAAGUUCCCGCUGCUGUCUCCACCUACUUUAUAGAUUAAAUAUCUAAACAUGUAAUUUUGACUAGAUUUUUAAAUUUUAUACAACAUAAUUCAUAACUUUUGUAUUAAACACUGGCUGGUUUGGUUUGGAGGGGGUGUAGAGACGCUGGUUACUUGCCAGUAAACUGUAAAGUGUUGAAGCAGGUUGUAUCAGUUAAGCCCUCUUCACAAGAAAGUAUCAGAAUUCCAUUUCUCAAAAUACAUUUUUAUUUAUGUUGACAAAUGGUAGACUACAUAUUGGAAUCCAGUGCUGAUGGCUGAAAACUUAAAAGGCAAGGAGGUUUAAGCGCUCACUGACUUAUCCCCCAUUGGAGAGAAGGUAGUCCAUUUCCUACAUCUGGGAUUAGGUCUUCCUUUUAGGGCAGGUAUUGGGCAACCAGAUGAUUUGGUCCUACAGUUCCCAUCACUCCUAGCCAGCAUAGCCAUUGCUUAGAAAUGUUGGAAGCUAUAAGACAAAGCAUCUAAAAAGCCACAAGUUGCCCAUUCCUGUUCUGUAGGGAGAGGCUGAUGUUACAGCUUUUAUUUUCUCUCCAGUUCGUGAUCCUGCUAUUCACUACAUUAGGGGUAUACACAGCCCAUGAAAUGGAAAAAUCUGUACGUACAUCUAAAACAGUAAAAGGUGUUGUUUCUAUCAGACUUGCUUCUUCCCAACUUCCAGUUCCACAAAGAAGGGGAACAGGUUAAGAGAGAGGAAGUACAAGAGUGUAGGCAAAUGUUUCAUGAAUACUUGUCCGACUUUCUCACCUCUCUUGGGUUUGUGUAUAAGCCCCUUUUAAAAUCACAAAGGAAUGAAGGAGUUUCAUCUUCUUUACAUAAUAUAUACAUACAAGAGAAGGCUGAGAAUAGAGCUUUUCCAUUAUCCAGUGGGGGCUCAGUGGGGAUCAGAAAUCAAUAUGUUGAGCAAAGUUGUCCAUAUAUUUUUCUAUAUUACAUCGAUAGACAUUUUUAAAGCCUUUCUAACUCAUUCUCCUUCAGGGUGGAAAUACAGGCUAUGACACUUCUCUAAAACUAAACAAUGUUGUUGUAUAAAAAUAUUUUAGACUGCCCUCGUGGCUUGUGAGGCUGCAGAAUGAUGGCAUCACUUCUCCAAGAAACUCAAAAUUAUUCCAUUGAUAAUAUAAUUGAACCCUGUUUUCCCCCAUGCAACUAGACAAAUCUGUAAAUGUGAAUUCAGCAGAUAACUUCAUUCCAAGUGCAAUCACUUGUCAUCCCCAUUGCCUGCCACACUUCCGUUACUACCUUUGUUAUGAACUAAACUUGCUUUUCCUGGAUGGCUUUAUGGGCUUUUUGAAAAGUUGAAAAGUUUUUGUGUUGAUACUUGUAUUUGCAAAGCAGAACUUCUGGUUCCACAAGUGGAAAAAUAGCUGUAGAAUUCAGCUUUACUUUGGAAACUCCUCUUCAUAAUACUGAGUCUUGACCUGGAAAUAAAAAGUUUGGUGGAACAAA